AUGGCGACUGCCCGUACAAGUACUAGUACUAGUAGUGGACCCAGAGCGCCCGGCAUGAGCAACGGUAUUCCUUCCACCAUUGAGUUCAGCAACGGCUGCGACACUAGUAGUAGUAGAGAGGUAGCUGCCAUGGUGAGCAAUCGCAACAGCAACAUUCCUAGAGAGGUGGGAGAGUCGUACUGCAGUGAACGGUGGGGAUUGUGCCUUCGACAGACCACUGAUGAAAAAGUCGUCAUUUCCGGGUUCUCCUCUCCCGAAUGUUUGGCAUCCAGAGAUAUCAAUCUGGCGGUAGGACGCAUUAUUCUCAAGAUCGGGUCGAACUCCGCCAAGGGAAAGGGAGUCCAAGCUAUUGUACAAGAACUAGAAGAUAGUCCACUGGGAACCAAGCUAAAGCUCGCCUCUCGCUAUGGAUCCAUAUGGAAGACCACCCUGGGAUCUAGCAUGGACAAUGACCAGCAAGACGGUGCUGUCCAGAAUGCUACUACUACUUCGACAGGGAGCAGCAGAUUCAGUUUCACCAGUAGGUUUUCCACCAAGAAUGCAAAAACAGAGACAGGCACGAGUAGGACAACCAGAAAUGCAUCCACAAGUCUAUUCAAGGCAUUAGUGGCGCCCUUUCACACCACCAACAGUGCCACGGCUCCAAGCAGAUGA